AUGAGAAACAAAGGCAAAGUCCAUCCUUCUCCCAAUUCCGCCGCCGGAGACGCUUUCUCUCUCCUCAAUCUCCUCCCCGCCGCCAUUUUCUCUCUCCUCACCAUCCUCUCUCUCCAAGAGCGCGAGGCCCUCGCCUACAUGCUCUCAAUCUCUUUCAAUUCCUCCUCCGCCGCCGCCGCCAAAAAGCCGCCGCAAUGCCCCCACAACUCGCCGCCGCUCCUCCACUGCGACUGCUUCCACUGCUACACCGCCUUCUGGCUCCGCUGGGAUUCCUCCCCCAACCGCCUCCUCAUCCACCGCGCCAUCGACGCAUUCGAGCUCCGCCUCCCCUCCGCCCCCAAAAUCAAGAAGCGCAGCCGCCGGAACAAACCCUCGCCGCCGGAAAAUCAAGAACGCCGCCUCUCCGCCGCCGCUCCGCCGCCGCCGGAAACCGAAGUUGGUGAAUUAAUCAUCCCGGGAGUGAGUGUGGAGGAAACCGAGGAGGUGGCCGCGGCGGAGACGGCGGCGCCGCCGCAUAAGGGGCUGGCGAGGAAAGUGUUGCCGGACGUGAUGGGGAUAUUCAGCUCGCGUUUAUGGAGGCUUUGGAGUCCGAAUGUGUGA